AUGGAAGCGUAUCACGGCGACCGACACGCAGCAGAAAUCCACCGACUCGAGGCGCGCCGUAAAUCAUUACUUAAGCGCUUCCUCACUCGGAAGACCCGCUUGCUGAUCCUGCGCCGAUCCGCCGGUUCUCCGCCGCCCACCGCUGAGUGGAUCCUCGGCUACAUGAUACACACCUCGUUCUGGGAGUAUCGUUGGUCGGAUGUGGAGAAGGAGAUGGAGAGCGUUCUGGCUGACUACUCCAUGGACUACAGCUUCGCGGCGAACCUGGGUCUGCCGGUGCCUGAGCACGAACCCAUGAGGGAUGUGGUGCUGACACUGCAGAAUGUCCAUCUGUGUGUCAACUCGUUGCGCCGUGUGCCCUACUUCGUUACGGCCAUUCAUCUGGAGAAUGCGACCAUGCGUUGUCAUGUCUCGACGGGAACGUAUCCGGUCCGGUCUCCGCCCCAAGUGGUUCUCGAAGUCGCCGUGGAAAAAGCCAUAAUUGUGCCGGAGAACGGUUCCUGGCCGUGUGCCACAGGGGAUCCGGUUGAAGCCGUACCACUGCAGGCGUUGGCGUUCUUUGGACGAUUUCUGCCAGCUGCGCUAUCAGCCGCCGAGGAGGAAUUCAUCAGAGAGCAGCUGCAGUCGGACGAUCCUGUUGGUGCGCAUACAGCACUGGUAUCAUAUCUCAGGAGAUGGGUUCAGUUGCCAUUUCUCACCCCAGUUAUGCCUCUUGGUUCCUUGGGAUUGACCUUGAACAAUGUCCUGGCGUUCCCGAUUUGGCUCCGCCAGCUGGUGCUGGAGCUGCUGAAGGAUCCGUCUAUUGGAACUGUUCCGAUUGCUAAUACAAGAAUCGACUAUUCUUUGUCCAUGUAA